GGCCGAACCCUCUACCCCGACCAUAAGCUAUGGCUUCGAGAGGGUCGUAUUUAGGAUUCUCCCAACUGAAGCCAGGGCUGAUGGCCCGCUGCCUCCAGCUGAAGUGGAAGAGAGUGGGAGAGCGACCUACUCAAAAAUGGACAUCGACCCCAUCCUCUCGAUGGAUCCGUCUUCAGUCUCGAGCGCAUGUUCGAGGAGGUUGGAGUCGAUAGCACGGAUGAUGGUGCAAAUUAACCUUCAGCAGUCAAAGGCGGAGUCCGCCCACAUAUUGCUUCGUCUAGGACGUCCUUAUCCAGGAACCGUGGCUGAGCAGCAACGGUAUCUCUGGUUUAAGGACAAAAAGCCACAAGCUCCUGGCGGCAAACAGCAUAGCAACGAAGAUGUCAUCACUGGUAGACUGGAGGACAGUGCUGGAGAACUCUGGCUUGUCUCAGCCUACAUGCCGCACGACGACGAGGUGGAGUCACCUCCGUACCUGCUAAGAAGGGCUCUGGCAGAGGCCAAGCGCAAAGGAGCCGCAGUCUUAAUAGGCUCGGACGCAAAUUCAAGGCACACCGUCUGGGGGAGCUUGGACAUCAACGCAAGAGGACGGAAGUUCUUGACGUUACGCUAG